UUAUACUAGUCACAUUAAUCAUCGGAAACGCCGUCCUCAAGAACAAGAUGGCCAGAAGCAAUGAACUCGCCCCCGGUGUUGGCCGCCUCUCUCGCUCACAAGUUUUCGCAAAACGCGGUCUUUACAAGGGCUUGAAGAAGACGGAAAACAAGGCUGAAGAGCCCGCACCGGAGACUGUCGAGAAGACAGUAGGCGGUGAAAGGAAUGGUGGAAAGCGUCUCGUCCCUACAAACAAAGCACCUCGAUUCUACCCUGCUGAAGACGUUCGUCAACCCAAGAAGAGUCGUAAGGCUCCCAAACCAACGCAAUUGCGUUCUUCGAUAUCGCCGGGAACCGUUCUUAUUUUGUUGGCUGGUCGAUUCCGUGGGAAGAGAGUUGUGUUCUUGAAGCAGUUGGAGAGUGGUCUGUUGCUGGUCACCGGUCCCUACAAGGUCAACGGUGUUCCUCUACGCCGAGUGAACCAGGCCUAUGUUAUCGCUACAUCUACCAAGAUUGACCUUGAAGGCUUCACCGCCGCCGAAAAAAUCAACGAUUCGUACUUCACAAAGCCCGCCAGCAAGGCUUCGAAGUCUGCAGAGGAAGAGUUCUUUGCUGAUGGCAAGCCUAAGCCAAAAGAGCCCCUCCCCGAAUCCAAAGUCACAGAUCAGAAGGGAGUUGACAAGGCUGUUCUCGCUGCUGUGAAGAAGACUGAGAACCUUGCGAAAUGCCUUAAGUCGAGUUGGGGCCUUUCGAAGGGACAGCACCCUCAUCAGAUGAUUUUUUAGAAUGAGAUUUGGGUAUCUGUCGUCUGUAGGAGACAUGUAUGGCUUGUAGGACUUAUGACAUGCACACAUGAAUACUUUCCCGUCCUACACUGUCGCGAGACUUAUACAUGUAAUGAAUGAUGGUUGCUCUGAG